AGUGGCAGGGCGAGAACCCUGCUGUUUCCCACACUACUUUGGGGCGGGGGUGGCGUGGGGAGGACAGCACCCUCUCCAGGUGUCCCCGCCACACUCACAGCCCUGCCCGGGGCCAGGUGGCCUGUCUGGGACAGGGCAGAGACUCCGAACUGCUCUUGCUGAAGAGGCUCCGCACCUGGACCCCCUGCCCCUGGUAUUCUUUAUUUUCUUGCCAAACUGGGCUCUCUGCUCAGUCCCGGUACUCCGUCCUGAUCCAAGGAACCCCCAUCCCCAGCGAUCCCACUCCCCCGUCCCCUGCGGAACCUUCUCCUGGCCUCCCCCGCCAUCUGUGCCCCUGAGGCCCUGACGAGGGCUGUACAGGGCGCUGGUUUCCUACUGCCGGUCCUCCCCCCGGCCUCUCAGCCCGGAUUUCCAGCAGCUGUCGUCAGCCCUCUCCUGCUUCAUCUCGUAGGCUUGCUUCUUUUUGCUUUGGGACUGAGCCGCCACCCGACUGUUCUGUUUUCCCUGCCACUGGGGGCCAGGUGCCAGGUACUUCUGCACAGGGAGCAGGAGCAGCGAAAACCUCUGGUUCUCCAGAGCACGUGUCCUCUCUUCGGAGAGUUAUUAGGUUGGGGACAAAUGUCGAUACUUUAUUUUGUGUGUGUAUUUUUUUUUAACAUCUGUGAACUAGGUACUGUCAGUCCUGCUGAAGCGCCAAUCCUGCAGUCAGAGCCCACCCCUUCCUCAGGUGGAAAACGUAGCUUUCCCUCCAUCCCAGUUACCUACCCCACGUUCCUUCAGAACCAGCAGCCCCAGGACAUGCGAGCUGUUGGCUGCCUCGGCCAGGUGACUGCAGGGGGGCGGGCCCAGUCCUGAGUAGAUCAGGCCGUCCCGGCUGGACUGGGAGAACUACCCUGCAAAGCGAGGUGGAGAGAACAGGUUGGGUGCGUGUGCCUGUGCCUGUGCCCCGGCGCAUGUCCCCAGGCUGACCCGGAGAGCCCCGGCGCAUGUCCCCAGGCUGACCCGGAGAGGGCGGGCGGGGGAGGUUCUCUCCGCCCUGGGGCGGUCGUGACGUGCGUGUCCGUACCCAUCACCGGGACUCACAGAAACAGAGGUGUCCCGAUGGGAAUCUCUGAGACGUGGGACUGGUUGUGGUUUUCUCCUCCUCCACGGGAAGAGUCAUCCCAGCCGUGGCUCUCCCGAGGGGUGCCUGGGGGAGAGUAAGGAGCAGGUCAGGAAGUCCCCCGAUACCAGGACCACUGCGUUUACCAGCCCGAUACUGCCGAGACUCUGUUGAGGCUCUUCAGGGGCGGACAGCGAGUCCUCCUCCCCCGCACCUGUGUCGUGGGCAGACAGGUGCAGCCCCCAAGCGAGGAGAAGGCAGGGCAGACCCUGCCCUUGUACUUGAGACGGCUGGCGGGAUGACCCUGCACACCUCUUUUGGGUCCCGCCCCUGGGAAAGGCCCUGGUGCCCUUCUGAAAGGUGCUAGCUCCUUGAAGCCUCGCCGCUUCUCACGGCUGCCCUACACUGUCGCCCAGGUCAGAGCCCGGAGGCCCCGUUCCUACGUGCACCGCCACCAGCGCCCAUCCGUCUCUUACCCCCCAGGGUUAUUGCCCCUUUCACCUCUCUCCACUUUUGUUUGUCCUUCUUUCCCUUUGUCGGGAGUCUCCCAGUUUCUAUCCACAGACGGUCACCCCAAGGGUCCUCAGACGACCCUCGACCUCCCUGCCCCGCAGUCACCCAUUUAUCCCCAAGAACCACCAACAUAAUGGAGGCCGGGGACCCCUCGUCUCUUUGAGCCCAUCCUAGUGAGGCCCUUGUGGCUCCGCUCAGCGCCCCACCUUCUCCCCAGUGGCCCGUCUGCGGGCGGCCCUGCCCCCCUGCCCCCUUCCCGCCCUCGGAUCUGCCCGCCGGUCUCCCGCCCGCUCCCUCACACGGACAUGCACACACACGCACAACUGACCUUCACUCACGCAAACACACAACACACACACACUGACAUUCACACGCACGGUCUCAUACACACCGACAUAUGCGCGCGCGCGCGUUGUGAAAGGACGCGCCUCUGGUGGAAGGGACCUCGGCCGCGACCUUCCCAUCGAAGAGCCCAGGGGCCGUGGCCGGCCGGCCGCACCCGCUGGUCCCCGGCGGGCUGGUCGGCAGCCCGAAGUGGAAGGGGCGGGAACGCGCGCGCAGUGGGCCCAAGAUACGGACAUUAAGAUCGGACACUCCCUGUUGCACUGUACAAGGUCUCUGAACUGUAAUUAAAAGUUUUUGUCGAGCCCCUCAGCCUCGCCUUGCGACUCUGCGGCCCGCCCAGCCAGGAUCCGGGUGCGAGGCGCGCCCCUUCCCAGCUCCGCACCGCCCUCGGGCUCCCGCGUGUGCGCGCCCAGCGCGGCUCGGUGACGGACGCCCGCCGCUUCCAAUCGGGAGCGCUCGGGGCCGGGGCCGGCCAAUAGCCGGUCCCGGGGGGCGGGCCGGCCGAGCCAGUUUGGUUUCGCGCGGCGACUUCAACAUGGCCGAAGCGCGCGGCAGCUACGCAGGCGGCGGCUGUGAGGGAAAGGGGCCUGACGGGCCGUCCCGGGAAUCCGUGCCCCCCGGCACCACCGUGCCCAGGGUGAAGCUCCUCGACACUCUGGUGGAUACCUUCCUCCAGAAGCUGGUCGCCGCCGGGAGCUACCAGAGAUUCACCGACUGUUACAAGCGCCUCUACCAGCUGCAGCCUGAGAUGACGCAACGAAUCUACGACAAGUUUAUCACCCAGUUGCAGACGUCUGUCCGGGAGGAAAUCUCCGAAAUCAAAGCGGAGGGGAACCUGGAAGCCGUCUUGAAUGCCUUGGACAAGAUCGUGGAAGACCGCAAGGACCAGGAGGAGCCGGCCUGGCGCCCGAGCGGGAACCCGGAGGCGGACCUGCGCAGCGCCCUGGUGCCCUACUUCCGGCAGCAGCGGGACGCCUUGCAGCGGCACGUGCGCAAACAGGAGGCGGAGAACAGGCGGCUGGCGGAGGCCGUGGUGGCCGGGCGCCAGCAGGUGCAGGAGCUCCAGCGGCGGGGCCAGGCCCGGCAGCAGGCCUGGCAGGCCCUGCACAGAGAACAGAAGGAGCUGGUGGCUGUGCUGGGGGAGCCGGAGUGAGGAGGCGACGGCCGGACCAGGAGCAGAGGGCCGUCGAGGUCGAGGGCCUGGCCUCCGAGAACCACUGGCAUGGUGCCCAGUCCCUGAGUGGGGAUGGAAUUAGCUGGAGGAUUAGGCCUCUCUAUCCUGCUUUGGGGGCUCCCCUGGGGUCCCCCCCAACACACACACACACACACACACACACACACUUCAGAUUCUUCCCUGUUUUCUUGUAACUAGGACUGUUGGGCAGCUCCAAUCCCAGGAGUCAGGUCCCCGCCUGCUCCUGAGCCCCUCCCCUCCCCCCCCCCCCCCACUCGGGGAGUCUGUGUUCGUUCUCCACUGAUUGCCCCCUUGCUGGCCAGCCUGAGGACCCGUGCCAUGUUCUCCCCACAUCCGUAAAUAAACUUCCUGCACUUCCUA